AUGAAUAUUUUAAGACAAAUUCCACGAACUGAUCAAGCUCUUCAUGAUAUUUUUGAAAAAUGUUCAGAUUAUUAUCAAUCAAACACUGCUGAAUUGAGAAAAAUUGAAGAAUUCCGAAUGACAUAUACGAUGGACAAGGCUGCUGAAUGGUACACAACCGAUUCAUUUGUCUAUCGGUUAAUCAAUAAAGCAUUGAGAACAGAAGAUAUUGAACUUCUUUAUUUAUUCAGAUUCUAUAUUGUCGAUUUAUGUUCACAAUUAGAUCAAGAACAUAAAAAACUUCUUUCCACACAGAUACUAACAUUAUAUCGUGGACAAAUAAUGUCAAAAGAAGAAUUUGACAAGUUGCAAAGAAGUAUUGGUAGUUUAAUAUCGCCAAAUGGAUUCUUUUCAACUUCAAGAUACGUCAGUGUGGCAAUAAGCUUCAUUGCCGGUCGUUGCAAUAUGGCUGAAGAAAGACCUGUCCUAUUUGAAAUUACUGCUGAUUCUCGACUUGAAUCCGUUAUUUUUGCUGACAUUGAUACAUACAGUCGAAUGCAAGGAGAGAGAGAAGUUUUGUUUAGUUUAGGAGCCGUAUUCAUUAUUACAGAAAUUAAAUAUGAUUUAUGUAUAAAUGUAUGGAAAGUUUACCUGACAGCAAUUGAUGAAGGAUCAAAAGAAAAAAGUGAAUAUUUAAAGUUUAUAAAAAAACAAAUGGAAACAGACUAUAGUCCAACUAUUCUAUUCGGCGAUCUUCUCUGGAGAAACAUGGGCGAAUUUGACAAAGCAGAGAAAUAUUUUAAAAUCUUAUUGAAAUCGCUACCAUAUGAUCAUGAAGAUAUACCGUCUGUUUAUCAUCAAAUGGGAAAUAUAUUUUUCGAGAAAGGUGAAUUGAAUGUGGCAUUAGACUUUUAUGCACAAGCGUAUGGUUUACGUUGUCAACGUUUACCCAGGUCGAUGAAUCCUACAACGAAUCCGACCAGAUCCUAA